AACAUAAAACCAGCUCAGUUGUAACUGUGGCAUGAUAAGGAGCGCAUCUUUCCUUUUUUUCCCUUCUUUCUUUCCCCCCCUACUUUUGCGCGGAGCCAAGCCGUUACAGGAGAGCAUUCAGCAUCAUCAGCUGUUCGAGGCUGGACUCUCAUUGCUGGAAGUCGGAGCCGAAGGAGUCACAUGACAGGACUGGAGGCAGAGAGCUAGAGAGAGGAAAAAGGCACAGCAUUCCGCCUCGCACCGCCAUACUGUAGCCUCUUUUGAGCCAUUUCGCAUUUUUAUUGCAACAUUUUACUCCCGCUCGGUGAGUACACUUCCAAUGGCUAUUUUUUUUGGUUUUGUUUUUCUGAGCAAAGAUUUUUUUUUUGGUCUUCUAAAUUCACCCCCUUCUUUUUCUUUUUUCUUUUUUUUGGGUUAAUUUUUCCUCCUUUUGCUGGUGUUUAAAUUGAGCAUUUGACGUGCUGGUUUUAAGCGGGUUUUUUUUUUCUUCCUCUACAAUCAAUCCAUCCAGGCUUCAAGUUUUCAGCAUGCGGUGAUUCAGAUCCAGAGGGUAAAAGAGAAAGGGAAAAAAAAGAAAAGAAAAGAAAAAGAAAACGGGUGCGUUUAUCAGUCUCUGAGAAAGCCUCUCACUUUGCUUGCAGUUUUGCAGAAACCGAGCAGGUUUUAUCAGUAGGCUACAGAGAUUUUUUUCUCCCUGCACAUUUAUUGGUGGGUUUUGAGACAUUUUUAUUAUUUUUGUUUUGAUUUUUUUUGUUGUUUUGUGUCGACUUUUGCUGUUGCUGUGGCUUUGGUUUGCAUUUUGGCAGUGUGGUUUGUGAUUUUGAUAAAUCUCACCGGUGAAACCCCUCUAUUUUACUUUGUUGCUCUUUUCUUUACCUUUUGCAAAGAAAUAAAGAAGGGAAUCAUUUUUAAAGCCCCUCCAUCUGACGUUUUAACGUGACACUUUUCUUGCAGCUGAGCUCACAGGUUUGUGCUUUUUGUUUGAUCUCUUUUUUUUUUUUCCAUUUCCUGUUGUACUCUUGGCAGUGUCAAGUAUUUUUGGAUGUUUUUUUUUUUUAAUCUAGAUUCUUGGGAGAGUUCAAUGCAUUUUUCUCGUUUUCUAUUUCAACGAGGAUGAACAGACAUUUCCCUUCUGCAGGAGGGCAACUGGAGGAGAAUGACUGGUAAAACCCAGACCAGCAACGUGACCAAUAAGAAUGACCCCCGUUCCCUCAACUCCAGAGUCUUCAUCGGGAACCUCAACACAGCCAUCGUUAAGAAGACCGACAUAGAGGUCAUCUUCGCCAAGUACGGCAAGAUAGUGGGUUGCUCCGUGCACAAAGGUUACGCAUUUGUACAGUACAUGAAUGAAAGGAACGCCCGGGCUGCUGUGGCGGGGGAAAACGCCCGGAUCAUUGCUGGACAACCUCUUGACAUAAACAUGGCAGGCGAGCCCAAACCCUACAGGCCUAAAGGCGCCUCCAAACGGCCGCUCUCAGCUGUGUACAGUGGUUACGAGUUUGAUUAUGAAUACUACAGGGAUGAUUUCUACAGCAGGCUUUUUGAUUACCAUGGCAGAGUGGCCCCCCCACCCAGAGCUGUUAUCCCUCUGAAACGUUCCAGGGUGCUCGCUCCUUCCUCUCGCCGUGGCAAGACUUCCUUCCCUGUCAAAACAUCCUCCUCUUCUUCCUCUUCAUCCUCCAGACCUCCAACAUCGUCUUCCUCCCUCUCAGGUGUCAAAUUGAAGACGGACCAGCUCCAGACCAUUAAGCGAGAGCUCACCCAGAUCAAAAUGAAGAUCGACUCUUUACUGGGACGCCUGGAGAAGAUUGAGAAACAGCAGAGGACCGAAUCUGAGGCUCAGAGAAAAUACGAAGACAACUGUGACUCCCUGCACGAGGAGUCUGUGUCAGAGACGGCAGACAACUCCGGAGAGGAGGCAGGCGAGGGGGCGCUGGACGUGGAGGCGGGCGAGAUGACCGAUGGAGGCGAGGACGACUACGACGAGGAGGGCAGCCACCAUCUGAUAGAGAACCACGUAUCGGACAUUGACAACUGAGAUAAGGGCGAGGAAGAAAGCUCUCCUGGUUGUAGGUUUUAGAUUUCAUUAUCACCUUCGAGAGGGGGAGAAAAAAAAGGGGGAAUCUGUGGAAGAUGAAGAUUCAGGACUGUAAGUUGUGUUUUGGAGACGCCAAGUCGUGCUGCGAUGCCUCAGCUCUGCGGCACACGUGUUCUUUAAAGAAAAAUUAUCCAAGACCCCGUUUUAACGUUUCUCUCCCGGAGUUCGCUUCGACAGCAGCUUAUAUCACACGGCGCGGAGGAAACGGGAAGAUUUAUAAAUAAUUGUUUAUGCUUUUAUGAAAUGUGCUUGCGCUGUUAUCUUGCAGUCCUUUCUUUUAAUGUUUUUUUUUUUUUUUGUUCUUGUUUUUUCUCAAACGUCAAAUGAAUAAGUUGAGGUAAGGACAAUCUCCGGGCACACAGUGGCGUUCAGAAAAUAAAUGAAAAACUCCGCUGCCGCCUGGUUUUGGAUUUGGACUCAUGCAUAAGCCAAUAGCUGUGAGCAUAACGUUAUCCAGCUCUAUCCAUUUAUCACACAAAUGUCCCUGUGGGGCUGUUCCAUCGUGUAUCCCGACUCCUGCCAAGUUUCAGAAGCAGCGAGGGCUUCCUGUGGCGGAGCGAGCCAACCCUGGCAGGGACCUCCUGACGGGGGAAGCAGGGCCCUGAUGCCUCCUCCCUGCUCCGCCUCAUGCAUCCUAACAUGGACUGCCGCUGUUCUCCCGCACCAUCUCCUUCACUCUGCACUGAUUCCCAGCAUCUCGUUCAGGCGAGAGAGCCAAGCAGGAGUUCUCAAAGCAUCGGAGGGUUUGCUUUGUUGUUGUUGUUUACUUUUUCCUACUUUUUGUCAUGUCAUUGGGAUUUUGAUAGACCAACACAAAGCACUUUCAAAUUUUGA